GGGGAGUUCCCCAGCGGGGCGGGGGCGCGCAGAUGGCGACGCAGGUGGAGGCGCUGCUGCCCGGCGCCCCGCUGCUGCCCGCCGAGGAGCGCGCCCUGGUGCUGAAGCCGCCGCAGGACGGCGGCCGGGAGAAGGGCGAGUCGCCCAUGGGCCCCGACGGCGGCCCCGCGGCGUCGCGGCCGCCCAGCGCGAAGCAGCAGAAGGAGGAGAGCAACAACCAGGAGAAGGAGAGCUUGCUGAGGGCGGGCGGCGAGGCGGAGGACGGCGGCGAGGCGGGCGGAGCGGGGCGCCGGGAGUUCAUCGAGGCUCCGCCGCCCAAGGUGAACCCCUGGACGAAGAACGCCCCGGCCGCCGCUCCGGCGGUUAACGGCCAGUCGCCUCCAGAUCUAUUUCCAACUGAUGGCCAGUCUGAACACACAACUCCGGCGAAAGUGGUGAGGGCUGCCAACCCAAGACAGCGGAAAGGAAGCAAGGUUGGUGACUUCGGUGAUGCCACAAAUUGGCCAACACCUGGAGAAAUAGCCCACAAGAGCGUCCAGCAGCCUCACAAAGCACCAUCCCUGCGGAAACUGCCUGUCAAGAAAGACAUGAAAGAGCAGGAGAAAGGGGAUGGGAGUGAUGGCAAAGAGAGCCUGAAAACCAAAUCAGAUGAGUCUGGGGAGGAGAAGAAUGGUGAUGAUGACAACCAGAAGUCAGCCCAGAAGAAGAAAGGCAACAAACACAAGUGGGUCCCUUUGCAGAUAGACAUGAAGUCAGAGGUGCCUAGGGACAAAACGGCCUCUCGGAACAACCGGCAAAACGAGCAGCACAGGCACCCCUCCAACAACCGCAGCGAGCUGAAAGGCUGGCACCCAGACAACAAGCAUGAGCGCAGCUGGCAGGACCAUGAUGAAACCUCCAGCGUGAAGAGCGAGGGAGGAGCCGUACGAGGGGCCUUCCGGGGCCGAGGCCGGGGCCGGGGCAGGGGCCGGGGCCGUGGCAGAGGAGGGCACUUCGACUACCAGUAUGGGUACCGGAAAUUCGAGGGCUCGGACGGCUCCCGCAACCAGAAAUACGCCAGCAACAUCACUUACUACUUCGACAACAUCAGCAGCGCCGAGCUCUACAGCGUGGACCAGGAACUGCUUAAAGACUACAUCAAGCGGCAGAUAGAAUAUUACUUUAGUGUGGACAACCUGGAGCGAGACUUCUUCCUGCGUCGCAAGAUGGACUCGGAUGGCUUCCUUCCCAUCACCCUGAUUGCCAGCUUCCACCGCGUGCAGGCACUGACCACUGACAUCAACCUUAUCAUCAAGGCUUUGAAGGACAGUAAGGUGGUGGAAAUCGUGGAUGAGAAGAUCAGGAGAAAAGAGCAGCCAGAAAAGUGGGCUCUGCCUGGCCCUCCUAUGGCAGACUACACACAGACAGACUUCUCACAGUUCAUCAACUGCCCUGAGUUUGUGCCCCGGCAAAGCUUCCAGAAAGAGACAGAGUCUGCUCCUGGCUCCCCACGUGCUGCCAGCCCAGUCCCCACCAAAACGGAGGAGGUCAGUAACCUGAAGACGAUGCCCAAGGGCUUGUCUGCAAGUCUGCCAGACCUGGACUCAGAGACGUGGAUUGAAGUGAAGAAGAGACCUCGACCCUCUCCAGCCAGACCUAAGAAACCAGAGGAAUCAAAGACACCACAGCAGCAGAAGCAGAAGGACCAAGAUGAACCUGAGGAGCUAGACUUCCUUUUUGAUGAAGAGAUGGAGCAGAUGGAUGGCCGCAAGAACACCUUCACUGACUGGUCAGAUGAAGAUUCAGAUUACGAGAUCGACGAUCGGGACGUGAACAAGAUCCUCAUCGUGACACAGACGCCUCCUUACCUGCGCCGGCACCCCGGCGGGGACCGGACUGGCAACCACACAUCCAGGGCUAAAAUGAGCUCCGAGCUGGCCAAGGUGAUCAAUGAUGGGUUGUAUUACUACGAGCAGGACCUGUGGACAGAGCAGUUUGAGCCAGAGUAUUCACAGAUCAAGCAAGAAGUGGAGAACUUCAAGAAGGUGAAUAUGAUAAGUAGGGAGCAGUUUGACACCCUGACUCCUGAGCCCCCUGUGGAUCCAAACCAGGAAGUCCCUCCUGGUCCUCCCAGGUUCCAGCAAGUACCCACAGAUGCUUUGGCUAACAAGUUGUUUGGAGUCCCUGAGCCUUCAACCAUUGCCCGGUCUUUGCCUACGACUGUACCAGAGUCACCCAACUACCGCAACGCCAGGACCCCCCGGACCCCUCGCACGCCUCAGCUGAAGGACCCGACACAGACGCCCCGGUUCUACCCGGUGGUGAAAGAGGGCAGGACGAUAGAUGCCAAGACUCCGCGGAAGAGGAAGACAAGGCACAGUUCGAACCCUCCAAUGGAGUGCCAUGUGGGCUGGGUGAUGGACUCUCGGGAGCACAGGCCCCGAACUGCCUCCAUCAGCUCCAGCCCCUCGGAGGGGACCCCAGCUGUUGGAAGCUAUGGCUGCACCCCACAGUCCCUGCCCAAGUUUCAGCAUCCUUCGCAUGAGCUGCUCAAGGAGAACGGCUUCACACAACACGUCUACCAUAAGUACCGUCGGCGCUGCCUUAACGAGCGGAAACGACUGGGCAUUGGUCAGUCCCAGGAGAUGAACACGCUCUUCCGGUUCUGGUCCUUCUUCCUCCGAGAUCACUUCAACAAGAAAAUGUAUGAGGAGUUCAAGCAACUGGCUGUGGAGGACGGAAAGGAGGGAUACAGGUACGGUCUGGAGUGCCUUUUCAGAUACUACAGCUAUGGGCUGGAGAAGAAGUUCCGGCCAGACAUUUUUAAAGACUUUCAAGAAGAGACCAUCAAGGAUUACGAAGCUGGACAGCUCUAUGGGCUGGAAAAGUUCUGGGCCUUCUUAAAAUAUUCCAAAGCCAAAAAUCUGGACAUUAACAGCAAACUGCAAGAAUACCUCAGCAAGUUCAAGCGCCUCGAGGACUUCCGAGUGGAUCCACCCAUGGGGGAGGAAGGUGGACACAAGAGAUACCCUUCAACGUCAGGGGGAGACGGCAGGAAGCGCUACCCAUCCCAGUCUUCCAGCAAAACGGUCAGCCAGUGCCCAUCCAGCCAAGCCCACGCCUCACCCAACCAACCUGCACAAGAGGAUGCCAAAAACCUGAGCCAGCAAUCCCCUGCCCCCUCCGCCGCAGAAUCGCAGACAGUGGGGAAGUAGGGAGGCUGCAGCCUCUGCUUCCUUCCGGGGGUGGGGUGGGGUGGUGGGGGAUGGCUUGGAGAAGGGGAGACGUGAGGGGGUGGGACAGGAAGGGAGCUGGAAGGUGGGUGCCCAGGAAUAGGCUGCUCGGGAGAAACUUCAACGCACACGAUGGUUUUUUUUUUCUUGUGGCUGGAAAGCAAAGACGAUCUGCAUCUAAAACACCAUUUUGCUAUUACAACUCUGACCAGAGCCAGACCUGCUCCCAGCAGACCCACCCUUUGCCUUCCCUCCCCUCCUGUGCACACUCUCAUGUCUUAGUGUCUCUUCAAAAGAAAAAAAAAAAAAGUUCUGGCUGGGUUGGAAAGGGGAGAUUUUUUUAUUAUUAUAUAUAUAUAUCAAGUUUUAAAUUAUUGCUAGAAGUUUGUCUGGAUUUACCAAAACAAGUUUGCUCCGUGCAGCCCCGACAACUCCCCUCUGUGUCCCCCUCGGAUCGCAGGGCAGCCUGCUUAGGAAGCUCAGAGGAGAGAGGUUCCCCCCCGGGGGACCGAAGCCGCAGUGUGUCGCGACGCUGCGGAGCCUCUGAUCUCCACGACCUGGCUGACGUUUCCCAUUCCACGUACGGCGGCUCCUCUCCGACGCUGACCGCUGCGACAGGAGCAUCGCCCUGUUCUUCAUCCUCCCAGACCCUCCUCCCCAGCAUCUUCACCUCCAACCUUUCCGAAGGUCUGGCUCUUUUCUGUCUGCCUGCCUCUCCCUUUCAUCACGGACAAUUUGGAAGUCAACCAAAGGACCUUUGCCAAGGAUAGGCUUGUUCUGACUCCUUCCUGUGAGGACAGCUGGUGGGAAGCCAGCAGGCACCUGGACUUGAGCCUGCAUGGAUGGUGCACCCGCUACCCCAGGAACACCCAUCGCAUGCAAAGACAGGACUUUGCUGGAGGUGGUUUUCUCUUCCUUUUCACUUGGAAAAAUGAAACAACAACAACAACAAAAAAACCCACAAACUCUUCUAAAACGACAAAAAAAAACCACAAAAAAAAAUCCACAACAAAAAUAACUCUUUAAAAAGACACAUCUUCCUUUGCUUUCUUCCUUGGAAAUAUUAUUGAAGAAAAAAAGAAAAAAAAAACCCAAACGAAAAAAAAACCCUAACAAAAAAAAAACACAAAAAAAAAACCACAAAAAAAAAAUGUUGCCUUAUGGUGGAGCUGGACUGGGGAGGCUUGUUGGCUUCCCACACCCUGGGGCGUGCUGGGCUCUCAGUCCCCCUGGCCCAGAGACUCCUGACGGCAUUGCUGCCGAGCUGAUCUUCCCCACGGCCUUUCCUCUGACCCCACAGCUCGCUCGGAUGCCUCCCCCCAUCGCGGAGACCCCCGGCCAGCCCUGAUUCACCUGGGGGAAGGUGCUGAGGGCAGUUAAAUCCAAGACUUGUGCUUACGAAGUAGUUGAAGCCGCUACGUUGUGUAUAUACCAUUGUAGCAUCCUGCCUGCGACAGCGACUGUACGUGCUAAUGGCCUGGCUGGGACCCCAGUUCCCUCUCUGGGCAGGCUGGAGGUUGGUCUGCUCCUCUCUGUGCCUCCAAUGUGGUCUGGAGGUGAGCAGGGAGAUUUGUUACAGCAGCUGGAGGGACUGGUCCUUGCUGCGAGCAAUGGGAAAGGCUGGCAUGUCCCAGGUGUCACUUAAUGCUGUAGCCUGAUGAAGUCAUGCAGCCCUGGGGAGCUCCAUCUCCUGCAGCCAUCAGGGACCCAGGGCUGCUGGUGGGACUUGUGCUGCAUGUUUGCAGGAGACCUGCCCAGCAAAGGAGGGCUCUCGUGUUGGUUUCCUUGUGCAGGGUGUUUGGUGGGCAGCUGUGUGGAGUCUCCCAGUCUGGGCAGCAUCCCUGUGCGUCUCCAAGGGCUGAGAUAAUGCUGUGCCACUCCUUGCUCAGCUGAGACAAGGGGCUGGCUACAGAGUUGCUGUGGCAUUUACUCUGCUCCUCUGCCCAGCACGGGGUGGGCUUUGGCAGGCAAACCCUCCCCAGGCUUGUGAGCUGCAUUCCCUCACCCUUGGAGGGGUGAGAUCUGCUCCUGGGGCCCAGAAGUAGCACUGGAAAGCCAUUCUCCUGCCAUAAGGGUAGAAACUCCUCAGCCAGAGCUGCUUGCCUUCCUGCUGCUGUGUCUCUGUCUCCUGGGUCGGGAUACCUGCUUUGCAGCUGGCUUGGUUGUGGCUCCAGCACUGUGUCCUGAGCUGCAGAGCUCCUGGGCACAGUGUGGGGUAGGCAGCAGUGGGCUGCUCAAAGCUGCAGCUGAUUGCAUCGCUGUCCCUGCAAAAUCACAAGCUGGUAAUAAACAGCAUUUUCCCAAAGUAUCCAGCUGAUCCUGUGCUCUCAUAGCUGGGAGGAGGAGCCCUCUCUCCAGGGCUGUCCCUGUAUGGCUGAGGGGUUGGUGGAUGAGAGCAGCCAUGAGCUGAGAGCAGAGAUCAAGAGGGCAAGCUUGGGUGAGUUGUUGAUCAGCACCAGCUGUGGAUGCUCACGGGGCCCUGGCUGAAGUUACCACCUUCCCAAACUGACACUGUGUUGAAGAUGCUGCUUUAGGUGGAGAGGAGGAGGUGGGCUGGUCCGCAUGGAGCAGCUUGGUGAACUGCUGCUAGAAUUGAAAGAGCUGGGUUUGAGUGAGGCUGGGACGCUGCUGCUUUGCCGUUUCCUGGUGGUGUGAUCCUGCCCUGGUCUUUCCACCCCUGCCACAUUGCCCUGCAGCUUUGGUACUGCUCGUCAGGCCUGAUCUCAGUGUGCCAAGCUCUGAGCCCGUGCCUUGCUCUUUUUACAGCAGCAGUGCUCUGGGAUUGCGGGGUGAUAGCCAGGCAACACGAGCAAGUAACGCUUGAACAGUGCUGUGGCCGUGACUGUUAUCUCUGGAUUUUCCCUCUCUUGUGAGCUAGAGUCAGUUCUCUGAGGUUAUGGAUACAGUUGGAUUUGCUCCUGAUUUGGGGAGGAAGAGCCUUGGAGGCUGGAGAUGGAGGUUGUUCAAGGACAUUGGAGAUGCCUUGCUGGUAGUUUGCAAGUGGGAGUGGGUCUGGAUGUGCCGUGGCUGGUCUUUGCUGCUGUGUCCCUGUGCUCCUCUUGUUCGGUGCAUGUUCUCAUUUGAAUCCAAAUGUCUGCGUUUUAAAAACAAAUGAAGUAGGAAAUAAGGAGGAACGAGCUCCUCUGUGGAACAGCCCCUGCUGUGGAGUUGGUGCUUGUGGGGCAGGCUGUAGAAUUGCUUGGAUUGUAGAAAAAGUAAGAAAUGUCCCAAAAUCUGAGUUGAUUUUAAAUUAUUGUUUUAAUUUCAAAGUCUGAGACUCUGGUCUUGUCAUGGAAGAUUUUUUCCACACUGCUGAGUCAGUGGUUUGUCAUAUCAGUGUGGCUGAGGGCCCUGUGUGAAACCCUCCUGUUUCCCAGGGGAAGGUAGGUCAGAAGAGCAAUCCCAGUGGUCCCUCCAUCCUCCAGCUUUGCAGACUGUGUGCCUUGUUUUACUGUCUGUUGAACAGCAGCCAGGCUUGCUCCAACCUGUCCUCCCCCAGACCAAGGGAACACAGGCAGAAGGUGCAUGUGUGCUCCCUUGCUGGGGAUGAUGGCCCCUUCUGGUGAGUGGUGGCAGAGGAGCAGGAGCUCUGCACUCUGGUUGCUGAGGAGGGGCUGACCACAGCAGGGCCUUCCCCUGUCUUACAGCUUGUGUAGGGGACAGGUCUGCAGAGGCACUUUCCCUCCUGCUCUGUAGCUGCAUUCAGAAGGAAUCACACACAGCUUGCUCCACUCCCGGACAAAAGGACAGCUGUUCAUAGAGAGGUUUGACUUUUGAGGAAACUUGCCCUCCCGCUGAGGAGGGUGUUGGCCUUGCUUUUAGCUUGGAUGCUUUGCUAUGGUUAUGUUUUGUGCUUUUUUUUUUUUUAAUUUCAGUGGGCUGAGUGGUUGGGCUCAUGUACUCCCCAGAGUGCUGACCCAUCCUGCAGCUCAUGAGGGCUGCAUGGUGCAGGUGGCCAGCCACUGUCAUGGCCACAGGAAGCCCCAGCUGGUGGAGGCCAUCAGGCCUUCAGGCAGUGACAGGGGAGAGUUUGUCAUCUCACACCUCUCCUCAGGAGGUCCCAGGCCACUACAGCCCUGGGCUCCUUGCUGAGGCUUUGGGAUGCAGGCUCUUGUGAUGGGUGCAGAGCUCUGGUGUGAGGUCAGGAGUGGAGGUGGAAGGUGUGGUUUCAGAAGGCUUUGUUGCUUUUCCAUGUUCAUUGGGGGGGGGGGGGGGCGGAAAUUAAAGUAAUAAUCCUGCUGCUCCAUUCACCUGUCCCUCUUCCUGCUGCCCCCCUUGCACCCCCAUGGUGGCUUGUCACUGUAGCCCUUGGGGUCCCUCUAGUUUCAGCAACUGCUAGUCUUGCUCGGGCCUGGUUGACUGUACUGUAACAAAAUGAUGUGUUAACUUCAGUGUCCUGCCACAUGCCUAUACACCUUCCACAUGGCAGUGCAGAGGGGGCCUUCUAGCUGUUAAUGCCUUUCCAGUUGUUCUCUAAAGGAAAAAAAAAAAAAACACAAAAAAAACCCCUGUAAAUGUAGCAAGCUGUGUUUGCAAUGCUUAUUUUUUCCUGUCUCCUCUGAGACUGGUUUUGUCACUUUGUCACUGUUUUGAAAUGGAUGCUCUUUUUAAGAGAGGGUUGCUACAUUUGAUGUUAAAUGCCUCACUGACUCUUUUUUUAAAAAAACAAAGUUUCCAAUACAGGUAAUAGAUUAAUUACAUUUUUUUAAAGAAAAAAAGAAAGACAAUUAUUCAUCUCCGUGGUGUGGAGCAGGUGGCUGGAGGGCAGCAUUUCAAUGAGUAGUUUACAGUUUCACUUUCUGCAGACACUUGAACAUAGGACCGAUGUAUCUGUGACAAGCACAUCCCCUUGGUGGGAAGCUCCAGAGGAGCAGGGAGUGCCCUGGUGCCAGCCAGCCCCCCGUGGCCUGCCCGGUGUGCUCGGCUCGAGCCCGGGGUCCCUGCGCUGUCCCCCUGCGACUCGCUCUCCAGGCAUCAGCCCCGUGCAGGGGCUGGCUCCAGCCAGUGGUGCCCCUCGCAGGAGGGGGUGGUUGGUCCCCUGAGCCUCCCCGGUGCAGCCCUGCUCCCACAUCUCCUCUCCCAGCCUGUCCCAGUCCCAUUGGGGUUGGAAACAUUUGGAUUUCUUGCCCAGAAACCCCCACGCUGAGCUGCACCCUGGCAAGGGUGCCCUUUGCUCACCCACCUGGAGCAAAAGGGGUGAUGGUUUGAUGUGCUGGCCCUUCUCAAACCCUCUGUGUCCCAACCUCAGCCUUCUGUUUCCUAAAACUAGAAAGUGUGUGCAACCUUCUUCAGCUGCAUUUAUUGUAGAGACAAACUUAAAAUGACUCAUCACAGACCAUGUAUCACUUGGGAGGAAAAUCUUGUUAAUAUGGCCCGCUGUACAUGAUCCAUCUUCCGUCAGUAGUACAUAAUCUUUGACCCAUGUGCUAGGAUCAUCAUCAUAUAUGAAAGGAAAAGAGAAAAAUGUAAAAUACUUGAAUGAGAGCUUGUAUUAUAACAUUAAUAUUAUUCAGAGUAUCUGCUUUCUAGGCUGAUGUGAUUCAUUAUUCUAGUAAUGCUUUAGUCCUUUGUAAUUUGUGGUAAUUAUGCUUUUUUCCUUUUUAAUACAAAAAAAAUGUAUAAAAAUAAAAACUUCAAAAGACAA